UCGGCGGUGAGGCCCGGCAGGGCGGGCGGGCGGUGACGGGAGAGGUAGGCCUCAGCUCACGGCCGUUUCCCUGCCGCGGCAGGCGACGCUGCCGGGCCUGACCAACCCCCCCACCAUGCUGUACCUGAUCGGGCUGGGCCUGGGGGACGCCGAGGACAUCACGGUGAAGGGGCUGGAGGCGGUGCGGCGGUGCCGCAGGGUGUACCUGGAGGCCUACACGUCCGUCCUGCCCGCGGGGCGGGAGGCGCUGGAAAAGUUUUAUGGAAAAGAAUUGAUUUUGGCUGACCGAGAAAUGGUGGAACAAGAAGCAGAUAGCAUUUUAAAAGACGCCGAUGUUUGCGAUGUCGCUUUUCUCGUUGUUGGUGAUCCCUUUGGGGCCACGACACACAGCGAUUUAGUACUACGUGCAGUAAACUUGGGAAUUCCGUACAGGGUCAUUCACAAUGCUUCAAUAAUGAACGCAGUAGGAUGCUGUGGUUUACAGUUGUACAAUUUUGGAGAGACGGUUUCUAUAGUUUUCUGGACAGAUACAUGGAAGCCAGAAAGUUUUUUUGACAAGAUCAAGAAGAACAGGCAGAAUGGAAUGCACACACUGUGCUUACUUGAUAUUAAAGUGAAGGAGCAGUCUGUGGAGAAUCUAAUGAAAGGAAGGAAGAUUUAUGAGCCACCACGCUACAUGAGCGUGAACCAAGCUGCAGAACAACUUCUCGCCAUUAUUCAAAACAGGAGACUCCAAGGAGAAGAACCAGAAAUUACUGAAAACACAAUUUGUGUUGGACUUGCACGUGUGGGUGCCCAAGAUCAGAAGAUUGCUUCAGGCACGCUAUAUCAGAUGUCCACGGUGGAACUAGGUGGUCCACUACAUUCCAUGAUUGUUACGGGCACCAUGCAUCCUCUGGAAUUAGAGAUGCUUAAUCUUUUUUCUGUAGAUAGUUCCAAGUUUGAAAAUAAUGCAUGUCAAAGGAACACUUAAAUAAAAAUAGCCAUUUUUUAUUUGAGUUCUACUUUCCUGGCAGCAUACGGUUAUUUCUCUGAAUAUUUAAAGCUUAGAUUAAAUGCAUUUAGAUUGUAGUUAGCUACAGAAGAUAACGCUGUACGAAUAUGGACCUGCUUUAACUUAAGGCUACAAACUGCAAGAUACACCUGCUAGUAUCAGUUUUUAUCAGGUCAAGACAUCUUCAGAAGCCUCUAAAACCUUAAGAGCACUGUACUUUGUCUAGUUCAGUUCAUCAACAUCUACAUCCAUCUUAGGUUGAUCACAAGGACAAGGGAUGCAAGUACAAAACUGAAGAGCUAUACUAGAUGUCUACGUGGCAUCACUUUUUCUGUACAAACAAUCAAGUCUAUUACAACAAUGCAUGCAAAUGCAUUUUAGAUGUUUAGAUUUUGCUUUUCAAGUAUCUAGAACCUUAGCAGUUUUCUCAUCAAUAGAAAUGCAUAACCCUAUUAGGUCUGUAUUCAUCUUGGAAGAAUGAAUACAGAUGAGAAUGUUCUUUCUGUCUAAAUGAAGAAAACAAGAACUCACCGUCAGGACAGCUGGUGAAACAGGGAGAGGCUGCACAGAAUUUAUUUCUGAAUGCUGCAAAUGGAAAUAGAUCUGGAUUUCUCCAUACAUUAAUGCUAGCACUGAAGUGCUGGAUUCAAACGUCAACAGCCACAGCUGAGUUCAUGUCAGUUCUCAGAAAACAGACUGCCAGAAUCCUCUUCAGCGUUAGCUAUUGGUGGUUACUAUUUCAACUAGUCACACAUACCGUGAAAAGACAACAAAGCAAACAUGUAUGCAGUUUUUUUUAAACUGAAGGUUUAUUGGAAAGAAAUUUGAUCCCAUAUCUUCUCAGCAAUAUAGGACAUUGAGCAUUUUAUAUAGACUGUAUUCAAGUAGAAAAGAUUACAUUAAAAAUUUCUAAUAUUGCACUUGGGACAAGUCAUGGCUAAGCUACUACAUUAGCAUUCCAGAACAAAAUCAUAUACAGUCUUCAGAAUCUCAGUGAGCUGCCUUGUGUUACUAAGAUUUUUUUACUUUUUUUUUUUUUAUAUUGUACGAUUCAAUUUAAGCUCACUGCUAAGAAUAAUUAUUGUAAUUGAAAGUUAAAGGCAAGCAAUAUGCUGUAUGCAAGCAGUAUGUUUUAUGCUACCAGGAAUGAUUUUGGCAAUUUCUUCAUUCACAUUAUUUCACACUUCAGACAAAAUACUGAAGCGAUUCAUUUAAGUGUUGUACAAGAUCCUAGCAUUCACAUGAACAACUUUAAUGCACAAGGGGAAUGAAAUACACAACUCCUUUUACACAUGAUUUCUGCCAAAUUACCACGUAGACAGGAACCUUUUGUGGCUCACUCAAACAGACAAGUAGAUUAGCCACUAUCCGCACAUAUUGAAGCAUGCAGUCUUCACAUGCCUGAGACAAGAGUACCAUAAUCGGUAACUUUUCACAUUAUGGAAGUCUCUGGCCAAUGAAGUCCCAGCAUAGUCACUGCAACAAAGCCUGAAUGGGGAUGAAAUCCAAAAGAGAAUCCCAAGAAGUCAGGGAUAGGAAUUUUGGUAGAAGUGUAAAGGAUGAAUUAACUACUGGGUAGGAUAAGGGAUCUGAGAAAUGAGUUACUAAAAAAAAAUCCCCUUUACUUACUUACUUUCGUAAACGCAUGCAAAACGUAUGGGAUAGUCAAGAAUCAGCAAGUGGCAGUUUGUGGCUGCUGGGGAAAGCAGGACAGGGCUAACUAGUAACAAAGGUGUUUUGAUCUGACAUUUAAAAGAUUGUUAAGAUCUGUUACAUGAGUACUGGUUAAGGUUAGAAUCUUAGAGAAGCAUCAAAGUUUUAGCAACUGAAGUUUGGACUUGGAAUGGGACAAAAACCAUGAACUCCACAAUUUGAUUGCCGUUAAGUAUUUAAAGGAUGGAAAAUUGCAGUUCAGGAGCAGCUUCUCUCACAUUCUAUCUUGUUUAUAUUCCCAAAACAGGUUCACCGACCAACAGUUAGAGAUAACCUUUCCUUCCUCUACCUUUAAACCAAGUUUCACUACAUUAAAAAAAAAGAAUGUUUAAUGACAGAGGUCUAUUCUACUAGGAGCAGCAGUUUUAAUUUCUAUGU